AUGGCCAUUUCUGCUAUGGCGCCUGGCACUCCAAAUCGAGGCGUGGUGGCUGAGCUUACCCUUGCGAAAAGCGGGCAGUCUACCCCACUGACCGCCAUCUCGCUCUCGAGCGACCAACGUCUUGCUGCUGUCGGGGGCCAUGGCAUCAUGAAGGUGAUCCGGUUAGCACCUGAGGGCCUUUCGGAGGUGGCAACCCUUAAAACCGGGAGGCGGAAGAUUACCGGCAGCGCGGGUUCGAAGCUGAGCAUGUACGACGUGGCGUGGCGGCCCUCCGGGGGCAACGUUGCGGCGUCACUCAGCAACGGCGGCGUCGCGAUGUGGGACUUGCAGCACCUGUCAUCAUCGUCGUCGUCAUCAUCGUCGUCUCAGUCGUGGGCGGGGCAGGGGCAGCUCCGGGAAGAAACGGGGAACAUAAUCGGAACGCACGACAGGAGCGUGAACAGGCUCAGCUGGAACCCGUUCGACCACAACAUGCUUCUGAGCGGGUCGCAGGAUGGAUAUUUGAAGAUUUGGGACCUCCGCCACAGCAAAGCAGUCGCCACGUUUGACUCGAGGUACGGAGCUGUCCGCGACGUCCAGUUCAGCCCGCUCCAGGAGUUCCACUUUGCUGCCGUAUUCGACAACGGCAAGCUGCAGAUCUGGGACUACAAAUUUAAACAACCGAAGAUGAAGAUCGCUUCGCACACCAAGUCGGCGCUUUCCGUGGAGUGGCACCGAACCCUCCCUUGGCGCCUCGCCACCACCUCAGACAAGGUGGUCGAGAUCUGGGACCUUGCCCCCCCGGCCGUCGACCGGCAGCAGCAGAAACAACAGCAGCAGAAGCAACAGCUGCAAGGACCGGUGAUGGAGCAGACCCUCCUAUCCACUAUCACGCUUCGGUCGCCCGGCAUGGUGAGCCGCGCCAAAUGGAGGCCCGGCCACCCCACCCAGAUCGCCACAGCCCAGGUUCCCCCUCGCCUUGGAGACACCGACUACGCGAUCAUGGUGCACGACAUCACCGACCCUGCGGUGCCCCACUUCGCCCUGUACGGGGGCGACGACAAGAAGAACGGCUUCUGCUGGCUGGACACGCCGCUAAACCUGGAGAGCCAGGGGGCCCCGCCGUCUAGUUUUUCCUCGGGGGUCAGCGGGGUUGCGAAGGCGAGGCGUGUUGGAGCCGGGGGUUCGAACGAAGACGCUAACGCGGAGUGGAGCGGCGGCAUGGGCGUGUGGCAGCACGUGGUGUCCUGUUCGGAUCAUGGAAAGGUCCGGGUGCACUCCCUGGCGAAGUCCACCCUACCGCGGCGCAACCUGGAGGUCCUCGGCACGAGGGGCUUCCAGUCGAGCAGCAGAGGGGAGAUGUGCUCCUGCCUUCACAAACGAGAGGACGACCCGGCCCUGUGGUGCAUCUACGAGAACGAGAUGACACAGAGCCUGGGGGACCAAACAGGCAUCAUCACGGGGCGGCGGAUGGGAGGGGCUGGACCGACCUCGUCCCCGGGAGGGCCAGUGGCGAUGGCGGCAUCGGCCGCACAUAGGACGGCAGCCGGAUUGCCGCGAAGUCCAAGCCUUGCUCGAGGACAGAGCAUGUCGGGAGCAGCAAUACCGCAGUUGAGGCUUGGGGCUGGAAUGGCGGCGUCACAGCAGCAGUUGGAGGACUCGGUUGCAGCACAUCCACAAAGGAGAGCGAGAUCAUCGAAGCUGACCGUAUACCCGGUGCCCGACAAGCCGGUGUCCCUGGACGUGGUCCACUGGCGACGCAUCCGUAGGAAGGAGACUAGGUGCUCUUACGGAAGGCCUCAGCCUAGAACGAACGUCCAGCGGUGCUACGGCCCAGAAUUGACGGAGCACUUGACCAGGAGCUACGUGUUGCGGGGCUACCACCUGAGGGUACUCGUCGCCCACAAUGCCGAAGUAUGUCUCCGGGCCGGCCUCGAAGCUAUGGCCCACACGUGGCGAAUGCUCGGCAUCCUUCUCUCCGGCGUGCCGGGCGGGCUGCUACUUCCACUCGGCUCGUCGGCGCCCGACAUAGACGUCGCCGGGAUCGACAAGGGGAUGGCGGCGGCGGUGGCGACGGCAGCCGCUGCCGCGGGAGGGGGGAGCGGGGGGGGCGGGGCGGCUGGGGUGGGAGGCAGGAGGAACGUGGACCCCGCUACCGCAGGCAAGGAAAGAGAUUUCAGCGUGCCAGAGGUGCUCGACCUUAUCGACCAGCACGAGGAAGAAGAAGAAGAGGACAAGGCCGGGAAGCCCAGCCUGGAGCGUCAGCUCACGCCGGAGCAGCGGCAGCAGCAGCUCAAUCUCGCGCCGCCACCUCCGCGGCAGCAAGGCAGGGCCGCCAAAGCAAGCCGUGGGUUAGUGGCAGCCGGAGGCGGCAGCGGUGACCUGAAACUUCCGCCCAGGCGUCCCGUCGCCGCCGCCCACCCGACCGCGGCGAUUGCUAGCACGACCAGCCCCGCGGCGGCGGUGACGACUUCCUCCGAAUCGGUCAGCAGCAGCAGUCGUCACGGGACCCGUAGCCAAAACAGUGCCACUUUCGGCGGCGGUGGCGGACCUCCCAUGUGGCAGCCUCUCCCGUCCCGGGGUCACCCGCCGCCUGCGUCGGCGGGGGCGGCGGCGGCCUACACGGCGACCACGGCGGACGAUGAGGAAGAAGACGGCGGUGGCGGGGACGGCGGCGACUCCGACGGGGGCACGACCGCCACGACAAGCUUUCGCGCGACGGAGCCGGUCUGGUGGGAGCACGACGACAGAGCAAACCGCGGCGGUGGGGGGCGGGGUUCAUCCCAGGCGGCCGCCGCCACCGCCCGCGCGGCGAGAGCCCGCGCAGGCGAAGCGGCGACGCGGAAUGGCGGCGGCGGCGGAGGGGGCGGGACUGGCAGGGGUGGGAGGCCCGACCGACAGGAGAGGUUGAACGACGAGGUGGCCCUGGGAUGGCUUUGGAAGUCAGAGGUUCGGGACUGGCUGUCGGCGAUGUCCGAGGCCGGCUUCGCGUACGACACACUUGCCGUCCUGGAGGUGGUAAGGUGUGUCCUAGUCCCUGCGCAGUUUCCGCUCCCAGGGGUUCUUUGA